AUGACUAACGCCACGAUAACUGUGGAUUUUGAUAAACUAUAUCAAGAUGUUCAAUGCUAUUCUGAUACAAUAUACAGGUUCAAUGGCGUUUGGGAUGGCCCUAAUCCCUUGCUUCCAGUUGUUCCUCUCUUCCUUGUUCAAUUAACAGUUGCUGUCCUGGCCACCCGCCUUCUCAUUAUUGCCUUUAGACCCUUUAACCAACCUCCCUUUGUAGCUGAAAUCCUCACUGGUAUCAUCUUGGGACCUUCUGUACUUGGGAAACUUUCAUUCUUCUCAAAUUUCUUAUUUCCACCUUACUACCUUCCAGUGUUAGAGCCAAUGGCGCAUUACUCCUUGGUCUAUUAUGCAUUACUGACGGGAUUACAGAUGGACAUACGAGCAAUGUACCGAACAGGAACCCAGGCUAAGCAUAUUGCCGUGGCUGGAAUAUUUAUUCCAAUGAUCAUUGGUUCCUCCUCAUACUUCACUAUAGAGGAUCACGUAACGGCUGAAUCACCAACAAAAUUAGGUGCUUUUUUCUGGGGUUCUGCUCUAACAGUGACAGGAUUUUCAGUGCUGUCUAAAGUUCUUGAUAGGCAGAAAAUCCUUCACACAGAGAUUGGAAAAAUAGCUGUCGCUUCAGCUUUACUCAGUGACCUGGCCUCAUGGUUUUUUCUUGCGCUAGGACUUGCAAUAACGGGGGAUAAAACAACAAAUUUGAUCUGGAUUGUGUUAUCUACGUGCGCUGUCGUGUUGUUGUGUGGUUUCUAUGUUCGUCCUGCUCUGAGUUGGAUCGUUAAGAAUACUCCAGAAGGCCAAGGGUAUAGUGAAUUCUACCUGUGUUCAGUAAUAACAGGAGUUGGGCUCCUCGGAGUGAUCACAGACGCAUGUGGUACACAUCCACUUAUUGGUGCUUUAGUUUUUGGACUGAUCAUCCCUGAUGAAGUUCUUGAAUCUGUACUUGUUGAUAGGCUUAAAGAUGUUGUGAAUGGAAUAUUUAUGCCUGUUUUCUUUGUUGCCUGUGGGCUUAGAGCCGACCUGAAUAAAGUUGAGGCAAGCUGGAUUAAGGUGGCAUUAAUCAUCAUAUUAGCCUCUUCUGCUAAAAUUGUAAGCGCCCUUACGAUCUCAUUUUUACAUGAUUUACCAACCAAAGAGGCAGUGGCUGUUGGAGUACUCACUAACACUAAGAGCACCUUAGCUUUGGCAAUUCUUGAGAUUGGUCUCACCCAAAAGGCUCUGACUCAGGAAAGUUUCUCAGUUAUGGUUGUUGCCAUUCUUGUGAUGACAAUGGUUGUCACGCCAGCAACAAUGUUGUACCGUCCCACAAAGAAUAUGACGCCAUAUAAGAGGAGAACCAUACAAAAAGCAAAAUCAGAUGAAGAACUCCGAAUACUUGCUUGUAUCUAUGAUGUACGAAAUGUCCCUUCCAUCAUCAAUCUCCUGGAAGUGUCCAAUUCCACUCAAAAAUCACCAAUCACUGUUUUUGCUCUUCACCUAGUUGAACUCAUCGGCCGUGCCUCUGCUAUGCUGGUUGUCCACAGCGCAGGUGGAUCAGGCCCCAGAAAUCCAAGUUAUUUAGAAGAAAGAACAGAACAAAUCCUCGCUGCCUUCGAAAACUACAAGCUACAAAGUGAGGGUGUAGAUACUCAGGUGAUGACUGCAAGUUCAGCUUAUGCGACAAUGGAUGAAGAUAUUUGCAGCAUUGCCAAGGACAAGAGGGCAGCAUUCAUAAUGCUCCCCUUUCACAAGCAACAAACCUUGGAUGGAGACAUGGAGGACAUAAAUCCCACUGCUCGAAAUGUCAAUGAGAGUGUGAUGGAAAAUGCACCAUGUUCUGUGGGCAUUCUUAUUGACCGUGGUCUCACUGAUUCACAAAACCGUGCAAGGAGCAUUGCCAUGCUGUUUUUUGGAGGUUCCGAUGAUAGGGAGGCAUUAGCUUAUGCAUGGAGAAUGGCUGAACAUCCAGAGACCAGCCUAACAGUGGUAAGGUUCAUUUCAGGUCAAGACACGGAGGAAGAAGAAUGGGAUCCCCUGGCUUUUGAAGAUAGAGAUCAAGUGACUAUAGAAAUCGACUCCAAAAGCCACGGACUUCUAGACGAUGAAUUCUUGAACAAAUUUAAGAUUGCUACAGUCAAUGACAGCUCCAUAAGCUUCUCUGAACUCAUGCUGAACGAUGAAGAAGAGACUGUUAAUGCAAUAAAAGACAUGGAUGGUGACAAUCACGAUCUAUACAUAGUCGGGAAAGGGAGAGGAGUAACAUCGCCUCUGACAGUAGGCCUUGCUGAUUGGUGUGACUGCCCUGAGCUAGGGCCUAUUGGGGAUCUUUUGGUCACAUCAGAAUUCAAAUCUGUGUUUUCAGUGCUGGUGGUGCAGCAAUAUCAUAAGCCAUCUGUUCCUAGAGAUGGUUCAGUGAGGUCUGCCGGCACAAUUAGUCAGAGGAAGGACAUGGAAUUCAGGCCAUCACUCUCGGAGACCGAAACAUUUGAGCCAUAUGCAAGCUUUAGAAAGACUAAUUUCUUAACCAUGAACUAG